AAAAGUAUAGGUAGCCUAUGUCGCUGUUGCAGGUUACAGUUACAAACAGUUCUAAGCAAUUUUUGCGAUUUGUCACGUAUUCCUUCUGAACAGUGCAAAUUUUCUACUGGAAAAGAUGUGUGCACAGAAAAUAGAAUCCUACGAUAUAUCACCAAAACAACGAACAAUACUAGAAUGGAGAUAUAAGAGAAGAAGUGAAUUACGUCACAAAUAUUUAAAAGAAUGUCUUAACCCAUCGUUGCAAGUAAUGCCCGUGGACAGUGCAGUUCAAAGAUUAGUUUCAUUGAGACAUAACCAUGAUUAUGUUUCAAAUAUAAAGCUUGUGCCACAUUUACUAUUUAGUUUUAUGUGGCUUGGAACCAUGUAUUUGGGGGCAAAACUUUUGAAGAAAAUGAAGAAUGAUCAAGAACAUUUAUAUAGAACUGGUCAAGUAUCAUAUGCUGAUAGAGAAUUUAAAUUUGCAUAAUAACAUUUCUUUUUCCAAUUGUAUAUUUGUAGAUCUUAAACUUACAAUAUAUAUGUCAGUACCUGUACUCUAAUACAAUAAAAUAUAAAAUGAGUACUUCAUCAGUAAACACAAAA